GUAUUGGUGGGUGAGUCCAAGCAAAGAAUAAAAAGCCUUUUCUCAGUUUCUUUCCAUUUCUGCUUUUUCUUAACAUAAUUGUCCUCAGUGAUGGUUUUGAAUUGGUUUUUACAGCUCAGAUUCUUGUCAUAUCCUACAUAUUGUAUUGUUGUAAUUGCUUAAUUAUUUUUCCAAGUUUCGUGAUUGAUACUUUCACCCAAUUCCGUAUAAAAGUUAUUAUCACGGCCGUGCAAGUUAAACCUAUCCGGGGUUGUUAUUAUCCUUUAGAGCAGAAUUCUGGGUCGUCUGCAUUUCUUCUAAGGAUUUGGUCAUUUGGGUUUCUGGGGUAAGUGAUCAGUGAGGGAUUUAUCAUUGGACUUUUGUUGAAUGGAUGAAUUGGUCGGACCUCGUUUGUACAGCUGCUAUAAAUGUCACAAUCAUGUAUCUCUUCAUGAUGAUAUAGUCUCUAAGGCGUUUCAGGGAAGAAAUGGGAGAGCUUUUCUGUUUACUCAUGUGAUGAAUAUUAACGUUGGAGCUAAAGAAGACAGACAUCUCAUGACUGGUCUUCAUACUGUUGCUGAUGUAUACUGUGGGGAUUGCAAUGAGGUUUUGGGCUGGAAAUAUGAACGAGCUUAUGAGCAAACACAGAAGUACAAGGAAGGGAAAUUCAUACUUGAGAAAUCGAAAAUCGUUAAAGAGAAUUGGUAGACCGGCACCAAUUCAUUAUUGAUUCUUUAUCUCUAGUACUUAAUGUAAGUAAUGUUUAUCCUAUCUAUAUAUAUCUCUGUACAGAACUUUCCAUACUGAAAAAAUUGCAAAUGCUCAAUUGAAUAUUUCUGCCAUCUCUUA